AUGGAGCGAACUGAGGGUCCCAGUACAGAAUUUGCGAAGGUCAUCAAGCCUAUCGACCGGAAGUCAGUGCAUCAGAUUUGUUCCGGGCAGGUAGUGCUGAGUCUGAGCACUGCAGUGAAGGAGCUGGUAGAAAACAGCGUGGAUGCUGGGGCCACCAGUAUCGAUGUAAGGCUUAAAGAUUAUGGAGUGGAUCUCAUUGAAGUUUCAGACAAUGGAUGCGGGGUAGAAGAAGAAAACUUCGAAGGCUUAACUUUGAAGCAUUAUACUUCUAAGAUUCAAGAAUUUGCUGAUCUAACUCACGUGGAAACAUUCGGCUUUCGUGGGGAAGCUCUAAGCUCACUUUGUGCAUUGAGUGACGUAACCAUUUCUACCUGUCACACGUCGGCCAAAGUUGGGACUCGAUUGGUGUUUGAUCACAAUGGGAAGCUUGUUCAGAAGACCCCUUACCCACGACCGAGAGGGACCACAGUCAGUGUGCAGCAGUUAUUUUAUCCGCUACCUGUGCGUCAUAAGGAAUUUCAGAAGAAUAUAAAGAAGGAGUAUGCCAAAAUGGUCCAGAUUUUGCAUGCGUAUUGUAUCAUCUCAGCAGGCAUCCGUAUAAACUGCACUAAUCAAGUUGGACAAGGAAAACGGCAGCCUGUGGUUUGCACCAGUGGAAACUCCCACAUGAAGGAAAAUAUCGGAUCUGUGUUUGGGCAGAAACAGCUGCAAAGUCUCAUUCCUUUUGUCCAGCGGGCCCCUAGUGAAUCUGUUUGUGAAGAGUAUGGUCUACACUUCUCUGAAGUUCCACAAAAUCUGUUUCGUAUCUCAGGAUUCAUCUCAAACUGCACGCAUGGUGUUGGAAGGAGUUCAACUGAGAGACAAUUUUUCUUUAUCAAUCAGCGGCCUUGUGAUCCAGCAAAGGUCUCCAGGCUUGUGAAUGAGGUCUAUCACAUGUACAAUCGACACCAGUAUCCAUUUGUGGUUCUGAACAUUUCUGUGGAUUCAGAAUGUGUUGAUAUUAAUGUUACUCCGGAUAAAAGGCAACUUUUACUACAGGAGGAGAAGCUUUUGUUGGCAAUUUUGAAGACUUCUUUGGUCGGAAUGUUUGAUAGUGACGCACACAAACUUAAUGUCAAUCAGCAGCUACUGUUAAAUGUUGAAGGGAACAUCAUGAAAAUGCCCUCAGCAGACGUGGAAAAGCCUCUGCCAGAGAAGCAGGAGAACCCUGCUUUGUUCCGGACUCGAGGAGAAGAGAAACAGGCAGUGACCGUUUCCAGACUGAGAGAGGCCUUUUCUCUUCAUCAGCCAUCAGGGUACCGGCCUCAGAGCUUGAAGACUCCUGAACUGAGAGUGGGAGUUCCUGGGCCAAGAACACAGACACCGUAUCCCAGCACGUCAGACCCCCUGCAGCCUCCGAAGCCUGUCUCUGGCAGGGGUGUAUGUGGCCCUCAGGAUGAGGGCGUCUGCGAUCGCAGGGACAAAGGGGAGAUGGAGAAGGAUUUGGGGUACAGCAGCACUUCAGUGGGCUCAGAGGCGGGGGACAGCACUCCAGAGACUGGCGGUCACUUUAGCAGCGACCAGGCAGCUAGCUCCCCAGAAGACAGAGUUUCACAAGAAACAGUUGAAUCCUGUGGGAAGUCACCUGAACUGGCCUGUCCUUCUUCACACGUGGAAGGCCACAUAGACCAGGAAGCUAUUGGGUCUAAAUCUAAACUUCUGCCUCAGUCCACUAGUACCUCAUUCUCAAACAUAAAGCGAUAUAAAAAAGGAGAAAUUCCUUCAAAUUGUGACAUCCCUCAAAAGUUGAUGAAUCAGAACAGUUCAGUGUCUCAGGUUGAUGUUGCCGUCAAGAUUAAGAAGAAAAUUGUGCCUCUGGACUUCUCCAUGAGCUCGUUAGUGAAGCGGAUAAAGCGGUUACAUGAAGAAGGACAGCGAAGAGAAGACAAACAAGAUUAUAGGAAAUUCAGGGCAAAGAUCUGCCCUGGAGAAAAUCAAGCCGCAGAAGAUGAGCUACGAAAGGAGAUCAGUAAAGCGAUGUUUGCAGAAAUGGAAAUCAUUGGUCAGUUCAACUUGGGAUUUAUAAUAACCAAACUGCACUCGGAUAUCUUCAUAGUGGACCAGCACGCCACAGAUGAGAAGUACAACUUCGAGAUACUGCAACAGCACACUGUGCUCCAGGGCCAGCGGCUCAUCGCACCUCAGCCUCUCGACUUAACUGCAGUCGGUGAAGCUGUUCUCAUCGAAAACCUGGACAUUUUCAAGAAGAAUGGCUUUGACUUUCUAAUUGACGAAGAUGCUCCAGUCACUGAGAGAGUUAAGCUGAUUUCCUUGCCAACUAGUAAAAACUGGACCUUCGGACCUCAGGACAUUGAUGAGCUGGUCUUCAUGCUGAGUGACUGUCCAGGGGUUAUGUGCCGACCCUCCCGUGUCCGGCAGAUGUUCGCCUCCCGAGCCUGCCGGAAGUCUGUGAUGAUCGGAACAGCUCUGAACACCAGUGAGAUGAAGAAGCUCAUUAGCCACAUGGGCGAGAUGGACCAUCCCUGGAACUGCCCGCACGGGAGACCAACCAUGAGACACAUCGCCAACUUGGACGUCCUUUCUCAACACUGA